AUGCAAUAUCGUGAGAAGUUCUAUACUGAAACGCCUGAAACAAUCGAAAUUUACGAGAUCCAUUCGGAUUCAUCUUUUGACGGGAAUGAGACGGAUGAAGAUGAGAUGGACGAUGAUGAGAUGUACGAAGAAGAGAUGGCCUUUGAUAAACUAAAAGAGGAGCAGAGUGAAAUUAUACAAACACAUUACGACUUCAUGUGCUUCUCGAUUGCACUUCCCCUAUUUCCACAGCUCCAACAAAUCACUUUGUACUUUGGCGAUGAGGAACAACUAGAUGAUGAACCACAGAGUCCCACUGCCGGAAGUCAUCAUCUGACAACACUAUUGGAUGUAAUUUCUGAGACAAAGAUCAAUAUAAAAUGCCUAACUCUGUUUAAUCUAAAUUUGGAGUUUUUCUCCGAAAAGGACGACGCUCAACUGCAGCAUUUGUUCAAACCAGUCGCCAAGCUCGAGCACCUAGAACUCAUAUUAGACAGCACAAAUUACUUACUGGGCCCAACGAUGGAAGAUGUAUACACUUACUACCAAAUUCGCACACAUCGCGGCGUUCUUCGGAAGUCCGUUGCGACCCUUACGAACCUACGCACUCUGAACAUUGUUUUGAACAAUCCAUUUCCCUUUUGGAGUACGUAUGCCAUGCCACUUAACCAGAUUGUCCCACCAAACCCUACGUGGACACGACUUGCCACACUCAAACUCUCUGGGUUCUCCUGUGAACGGUAAGAAUUGAUGAAGUUUCUUCUGUGCCACCAAGCGCCCCUUAGAAGACUAUACCUAAGGAACGUGUCUCUAAAGAACAUUUCAUGGGUCCCUCUACUUGCCCAGAUUCGAAAAGAGCUAUACCUGACAGGCCCAUGUAUUUGUGGAACACUUAUGGGUCGUUCUGAGAAGGAUGACAGGCUGUUCUACUAUUGCAAGAAGCGUAGACAUUCUAAGAUGAAUAGGUACAUUGAGCGGGGCGGGAAAGCCUAUCCUGACAUGACGGUCUGCCCGCUCAAGGAGAGGAAUGAGACCAAAUGAUGAAACGGAGUGUGAUGAUUGUGGCAGGAUGUGCGGACUGUACUGCUGCACUGUCC